AUGGAAAAUAAUUUUGAACAACUUAUUACUACACUUCAAACAUCUUCAUCAUACAAUGAUAAGCUUUGUGAAAUAAGAUAUAUUUUAGAAAAACAAAAUUCUGAAUUAUUAUCAUCAUUUAUUUCACAAUUCUAUCAAUCAAUACUCAUUCUUGAACAUUGGACAUGGCAAUUAUUUAGUCAAAAUUUUCAUCAAUGGAUUGAAAAACCAAAUUAUUUAGAAUUAUUUAGUACACUUGCAUUAUUUAAUAAGAAUUUAAUUUUUAAUUAUGAAGAUAUUGAAGCUAAUACGAAAUGUUCAUUACUUUUUCCUGAGACAAUUGAUUGUAUUAAUGCUAUAUUCGAAAAAUUUGAAAAAACAAAUGAUGAAAAUGAUCCAUUUAUUAGCAUAGUUAGUCUAUGGUAUGAUAAUCUCUACAAUUUCUUACAUGUUUAUCCUGAAUUUGAAAUGUCCACUAUCAUCAUUCAUAUCAAUCAUUAUAUGGCACGUAACUAUAUUAUGACUGAUCAAUAUAAAUUCUAUUUAAAUCAACUUCGUCAAUCACCAUUAUCACAAUCUAUAUUUACUACCAAACAGUUAUUCUAUAUUAAAACAUGUUCAUUUUUUGUAAGUCAAUAUUUAUUUGCAAAAGCUCCAGAUUUUCCUUAUACUCCUGAAGAAUUAAUGCAUCAUUUUGGUGUUGAUUACAUACAAAUAAUUCUUCUUCAUACUUAUACUAUAGAAUCAUGGAGUACACAAUUAUUGAGUUGUAUUACACGUCUUACAGCUCUUUUUUCUGCUUGUUGUUGGUGGGGAGGAGAAAAGGGAUCACAAAUAAAAAUUGUUUUUCCAACUGAAUUAGCAACUUGUGAAUAUAUCGAUGCACUUAUUCGUAUUAUUGAUUAUAAGCUAUUUUAUCAAUCGAUUACGAUACAACGAUCAAAUGAUCCAACAAUUCUUUUAGACAUAAUUUUAUUUCGUAUACUAAAUAUAGCACAAAAUGGAGAUUUUCUUUGGUAUCUACGUUCAAAGAUUUCGUUAUCAGAUACACUUUUUACUAUUGCUAAAAUAUCACCUUGUGAUAGAAUGCGUUUAUGUAUAUAUGUAAUAUUUGGUGAAAUUCUAUAUGAUGAAAGUUUGAAAGAUUUAAAAAUUUUUAAUAGUGCAAGUAGUUUAUUCUUUAAUAUACUUGAAGAAGCAUGGCAACAUCCAUCAAAAAAGUUUCAUCAAGUACCAAUAUUACUUAUAUUAAAAUGUUUGUUAAAUUUAUCAAAAACCGAUGCUUUUCAACAGCAGAUAGCUGACACAAAUAAAUUAUCAUUUUUAAUUGAAAUAUGUAAUCAAUAUCCACUAGUAUAUGAUAUUCUAUGGGCACUUUCAUUCAAUCAUGAUAUUCAAGAACAACUUCGUUUAAAUAUAUCAUUUAUAACAAAAUUAAUUUAUCUACCAAAAGAAUCUGAUAAUAAAAUACGAAAAAUUGCAUAUCGAAUAUUAUGGAAUUUAGAAAUAAAUCAUGAAGAUCGUACAAUAUUAAUAAUUGAUAAUAAAAAAAAAUUUGAAAUUAUGAUUAGUUAUUCACAUAAAGAUAAAAUUUUUUGUACACAAUUAUAUAAUGAACUUAUUAAUAUAGAUUAUCAUCUAUAG